AUGUCAGGGUUCAGCGUGGAGUUCAUCCACCGUGACUCCGUCAAGUCACUCUUCCACGACCCGACGCUCACCCCGGAGGCCCGCUUGCGCCAGGCCGCGCGCCGCUCCAUGGCGCGCCACGCCCACGCCGCGCGCAUCAAUAACUCUGCCGCCGCCGCGGGUGCCUCCGGCUCCGACGACUCCGACGCCGACGUGGUGUCGCCCAUGGUGCCGCAGAACUUCGAGUACCUGAUGGCCCUCGACGUCAGCACGCCGCCCGUCCGGAUGCUGGCGCUCGCCGACACCGGCAGCAGCCUCGCUUCCUCAUCCUACGCGCGCCUGCCCUGCGACGCCUUCGCCUGCAAGGCCCUGGGCGACGCCGCGUCCUGCCGUGCCACGGGCUCCGGCAACAACAUCUGCGUCUACCGCUACGCGUUUGCCGACGGCUCCUGCACCGCGGGGCCCGUCACCGUCGACGCCUUCACCUUCUCCACCGGCUUGUCCGUCCCGGACGACGGGCUCGUGGGCCUGGCCAACGGGCCCAUCUCCCUGGUCUCCCAGCUGAGCGCCAAGACCCCGUUCGCCCACAAAUUCUCCUACUGCCUCGUGCCGUACUCCAGCAGCGAGACCGUCUCAUCCUCGCUGAACUUCGGGUCCCACGCCAUCGUCUCCUCCAGCCCCGGCGCCGCCACGACGCCGCUCGUCGCCGGCCGCAACAAAUCCUUCUACACCAUAGCCCUCGACUCCAUCAAGGUCGCGGGGAAACCCGUGCCAUUACAGACGACAACCACGAAGCUCAUCGUGGACUCCGGCACCAUGCUGACGUACCUCCCCAAGGCGGUGCUGGACCCGCUGGUGGCGGCGCUGACGGCGGCCAUCAAGCUCCCCCGGGUCAAGUCGCCCGAGACGCUCUACGCCGUCUGCUACGACGUGAGGCGCCGCGCGCCGGAGGACGUCGGGAAGAGCAUCCCGGACGUGACGCUCGUGCUGGGCGGCGGGGGGGAGGUGAGGCUGCCGUGGGGGAACACGUUCGUUGUGGAGAACAAGGGGACGACGGUGUGCCUGGCGCUGGUGGAGAGCCAUCUCCCGGAGUUCAUCCUGGGGAACGUCGCGCAGCAGAACCUCCAUGUCGGGUUUGAUCUCGAACGGCGCACGGUGAGCUUCGCCCCCGCGAUUGCGCGCGCUCCGGCCACGCCGCCGCCGCCUCAUACGCUUAUUACUAGCAGGGGGAGAACAUCGGGCCUCUCUGAAAUUGGCCGAAUUUAGGAAAAAUUGGGCUGAAAUGUGUCUGAAAUGGCAAAAUGAUGCCAUUUGUAUUUUUGCACUGAGUUUGGCCGGAAUUGUACGGAAUCUUGACAAACUACAGAACGAAUUGAUUGGACACUCUGAAUGCAAUGA